UGCCUGAAGGAACGAAGGGGGUGCUGCCCCCCGUAGCCUCCCUGGCCUUCCCUCCGGCCGGCACGGAAAAGGGAAGAAGGAGGAGGAGGAGGAGGGCAAGAAGGCUUUCCCUGGGCCCCACCCCCAGCCCCCCUCCGAGGCGGCCCAGCUGCCAUCGCCUCCGCGCCCCCUCCUCUGGCUGCCCAGGGUUGGCUUUGGCCCCUGAAGCCCCCAGGCCCCUCUCCUCCUGCUCGGCCAAAGGAAGGAGGUGGGUGGGGAGGUUGUGACAGGAGCCUGUCAGGAGGCCGUCCAGGACUCCGGGGACAAAGCCCAGAGCCGGUGAGGUCUUGCGGGAUCCAAGCAGAUCCUUGCAGGAAAAAAAAACAAUGACCCUAAAAGGAGAAAUGUUGCAAAACGAAGCUUUUGCUGCAGUGGCCACCCUCAUUAAUGGCCAACGGAACAACAAACCCGGGGAAAGUCUACUUUCGCAGGUCUGGGUUCCGAGGCGUAAAGAGGCAGGAAGCAGAGCCAGCCUCGAGGACCUUCGGUGGAAGGAGGAAAAACCACCUUCAGAACUGACCGGGAGAAGCCGAUGCCUCUGUUGCAAUGCUGGGCCAGCUCAGGACAAGGCACCGCGAUCCUCACAUAAUGAAUUAGAAAAACAUAGGCGAGCGAAGCUGCGACUCUAUUUAGAGGAGUUAAAGCAGCUGGUCCCUUUAGGAGCUGAGAGCACCAGGCACACCACCCUCAGCCUGCUGAAAAGAGCCAAGAUGCAUAUUAAGAAAUUGGAAGAACAGGACCGGAAAGCUCUGAACAUCAAAGAACAAUUGCAGCGAGAACAUCGGUACCUGAAGCGCAGGUUGGAGCAGCUGUCCAUGCAGGGCCUGGAACGAGUCCGCACAGACAGCCUUGGAUCAACGAUAUCAACGGAUUCGGAGCAAGAGGUGGACAUUGAAGGGCUGGAAUUCACCCCGGCCGAAAUGGACAGCAGCGGAAGUGCCAGCGACCCAGAAGACAGCUUGCAAGGCAGCUCAAGCGACAGCGGCUACGCCCGGCCCCACAGACGCAGCAACGCCCGGCUCCUGUAGUCUCUGCCGCCCGGGUCUCCUCCCGGAAGCCUUCCCUCCGGGGCCGUCAACCUGCCACCCUUCAGAAAGCGACCCUAGGGAAGAGGCCUCUGCCCCCCGGGGCUCCCCAGGCUAUGGAUAAUACCGCAGUAGAAAUCAUGGGUUUGGGAUUUCCCCCUGCAGAUUAGAUAAAAUGUUGAGUGAAAGUUUCUUCCUGUGCCCACUACAUCAGCCGUUAUUUAUUGGGGGGCUUGGUUGAUCUCUCCCAGAAGUUUAGAAGUUCCGCUUUUGAAUAAAUUACUUGGAUCCAUUUUGAUAAAUUGUUCUAGAUGUUAAAAUACAAAGGGACACAGCAGGGAACUAACAAAUUCGUAUAACGUUUAAAAAUGUGGCUUGGCAAAUGACUGGGCUCUUUCCAUGCAGACCUCGGCGGGUGUAACUAAUUCAAAACGGGCAAAAAUCCCCUUUUGUGUGGGUAUUGCCUCCCUCACAGCUUCUUUGGAUUCUUUGAAAAGGAAAAGAUGAAGCUUUUAAAGUAGAUUCCCAUUUUAAAAAAAUAGUUUGCAAAGACUGCUGCGGUAGGUUCCUUUUGGUUGUUUUGAGACAGGGAGAAUAUGAUGUUGAUUUACUAAAAAGUGUGCGUGGUGGUUCUUUAAAAGAAGAAGUAGGGAAGCUGGCCCCGUUAAUCAGGUUACAUGCAGUGACGCAUCAGCUUUCCCUGCUUUGUAGCAGCUCAUUCCAGCUAUUCUAGCAGCGUCCUCUCAGUGGCUUCGGUAGGCCAGAAGGCCAGGCAGGAUGGGCUUCCGAUACCCAGAAACCCCCGGGGCCUCCCCUCCACUUGGAGGCUCUUAGCAAUAGGGCUGCACCAGAAAGUCUCCAGGAUUUGUUCUAGCAACAGCCGCCCAUCCUGCUUCUCCAGAUUUUCAGGCACAGCUUCUUGGAACCGUUCAUGACUCGGACUUUCUUCUACACUCAGGGAAAUCCUGAGAAGUUUCAGUGCAAGAAAGGAGUCAGAUAGGCCAAGUAGCUGCGCACCUUUGGCGGGCUCAGGUGUGACAUCCAUUGUUGCAUUUGAUCAAGGACCCCCUUCCUCCCCCCCCCCCCCCCCCCCGGGGUGUCCCGGUUUGUCUCCUCUUGCAGGCAUUAACUAUGAAAUAAACUUCUGGAUCAAGAAAAGCUUAGUUGGAGCUCUUAGUUUCUUGGACUGGAUUGCAGGUAGUCCUCGACUUACAACUGCCAUGUGACCAAUCUAAUUUUACAACCCUUUUUGUGACGGCCGCCAUGGUCACAAAAGAAGUAGAGUGCAACUUUUUGACAAAGCUGUCCUAAAAGAGAGGUCAUGUGACCAUGGGCUGCUGCAAACGCACAAAUGCCAUGGUGUUGCCCAGCACCCAAAAUUCAGUCAUGUGACUGCGGGGGGGGGCACCUUUGGAAAGUCUGGGCCUAAAGUAGCCUCAAGGUAGGUCCAUCAUCGUAACCGAAAGGUCGCUAAGCAACUGGUCGUAAAAUUAUACAUUCAAUAUUUCAGUAUUUUUAUUGGCGGAAUUUGAAUCUCAGCCUGACCCCGGCUAGGAUAAUUGAAGCAGCCCUGUUUGCUCAGUCUUGUGUUGUUUCGUUGCCAAUAAACUGAAAGGAAAGUUUAGCUUUAAAUUUCAGUAUUGACACUGAUUUCUAGGCUACACUGGCAGUUUUCAGAAUAACAAAAUGCUCUUAAGAUUGCCUCAUUCAUUUAGCAUUCAUCAAGCUUUUUAGAAUGUAGUUACUCCACUUGUAGCAAUAUUGCAGAGUUGUAAUUGAAAACAGUUUAAGCUUAGUGAAGUAAAAUUAGUCUGGCUUGCUGAUAAUUAAAAAUGGACCAAUCUGCAUUGAAAAAGGUCUUUUUUAAAAAAAAAGUGAUAAAAAGCUAUAUACUCUCUAGCCAACUGGUUUAUUUCCUAUAGGUAUAUUUCCUAUAAAAUAGUCUGUAUUGUAUUUUCUUAAUUCUUCUGAACUACUUAAGUAGAGAAAGGAGAUAUUGAACCCAACUGGAGUCUCAGGGACUCUUCAUGUUUAUCAUAUUGUGCCUUGUGAACUAUUUCCUUCCUUCGUUCCUUCCCUCCCUCCCUCCCUCCCUUCCUUCCUCAGAAGCCUAAGUCAGAAUUCUUGAUGGUGUCAUUUUGCCCAGAUGAAAUACUGAGCUUAUUUUACCCUUCCACAAUUGGGAAAAGCACCCACCCACCCCCAUUCUCAUAAUCCUCCCCCCCUUCCUUAGUGAAAUAUGUAGUACUUGUGCCUCUUUGAGAAUUGGGCCGCGAGAAACUCCCCGCGUUCUGCUCCAGAAAUUGGAGCAUGCGUGUUCAGCCCUAGCGGUUGGAAUGACCGGGUCCCCUUCAGAGGCACCCAGGGGAGCCCCCAAGGGAGACGGGCCGAGACGCUGGACUCUGGCGCGGGCCUUGCUCUUUAACCGGGGCAGCAGGAUCAAAUCAGUGCCUUUGGCUACUCAAAUCCAAAACUACAAUUAUGUGCUUUUCAGCAUUGAAGAUUUUUAAUCUUUAACAAAAGUAUAGCCUGCUAGGAUGGAUCAACUUCACAUUUUGUUGGUUUCUUUAUGUUCAGUUAUACUUGUUUUCCCUUUGGUGCUACAAAUCAGAAAAUUAGGAAUUCAGUUCUGGCAGCUCAUGACUCUUGGUUUGCUUCUGAGGACCUCGGAUUGGUCCUCAAGGACAUGGUGGAUUAAAUGACCUUUCGUCGCCAUCCCUCCUUUAUCCGUGAGGAGAGCCGUAAGGUUAUUUCUGGCAGCUGCAUUUCAGAUUAAUAAAAUCUGUUACGUUACUUUGCUAUUAUUUAGCAUUUUUAGUAUGUUGAAACACUUUGUAUAUUUCUGAAGUCCUGUGGGGAAGGGUAUACAGCAAUAUAAGGAUUGUGUGUGGCCGAUACAGCAGCAUUAAUUACUAAUUUCUUUUGAUUAUUUUGGUUCCAAUUUCCAAAUCAGUGCUUUUUCUUCUAGAGGCUUCAAUAACCGUUAAUGGGGGGAAAUGGCUAGUAAUGUUAGUUUCCUUUUACAAUAUAAUGAAUUUACUCAUGGCUUUUAGAACGUUUGUCUCAUGAAAAGCAAUUCUUGCACAGAACUUUCCUACCGGGAAAAAAAAAAAAAGGGAGAAUGGAAAAGAGACUUUGAAAAACAUCAUUGACUUUCUGCUAUUCUGAUGUUUUUAAAAACAUGUGUACAGUUUAAUGAACUCUUCCAUGCUGAGUAUCAGUGGCUUUGUAGAUCUUUUAUAUUUUCAAUAAAGGUUAUUCAAUAUUCUGA